GAGAAGCCGCCAGGAGUCAGUCAGUCACUUAAGGACUGGUUAAGAAUGGCUCUCCAAAGUUGAUCACGUAGAAACUGACUGAGAAAAAGUACCAACAGAAAGUGCCGGAAGUGCCUGAGAAGGGGGAAAAACUUGAAAGCAGCUACAAUGUAAGUCACCGCAGCGGGACAAUAAACGUUACACUUUUUUAAAAAGAAGAAAUCGCAAGUUUCAAACAACUCCGGGCUUCUCUGGGACAGCUGAAGGAGCAGCUUCUCGGGAAAUCGGGAUUUCGGACUUUUUUUUCCCUCACCCGCUAAAGUUUGCUUUCCCAUAUGUACAAUGGGUCUGCCAACACUGGAGUUCAGCGAUUCUUUUCUGGACAGUCCUGACUUUAGGGAUCGUCUGAAAUGUCACGAAAUUGAGUUGGAACGAACUAACAAAUUUAUUAAAGAACUUAUCAAAGAUGGAAAUAUGCUCAUCAGCGCGUUAAAAAAUCUGUCUAUGGCAGUACAAAAGUUCUCCCAGUCACUUCAGGAUUUCCAGUUUGAAUGUAUUGGUGAUGCAGAAACAGAUGAUGAAAUUAACAUUGCUCAGUCUUUCAAAGAGUUCGCUCAACUGCUGAAUACAGUAGAAGAAGAAAGAAGAAGAUUGAUCCAAAAUGCAGAUGAUGUCCUUAUUGGGCCAUUGGAGAAGUUUCGCAAAGAUCAAAUUGGUGUUGCUAAAGAAGGAAAGAAGAAAUUUGACAAAGAAAGUGAGAAGUACUACGCCAUAUUAGAAAAACACCUGAAUUUAUCGUCUAAGAAAAAGGAAACAUUGUUACAAGAGGCUGACGUCCAGAUAGAUAAAGAGAAACAAAACUUUUGUGAUGCUUCUCUCGAAUACGUCUUCAAAGUUCAGGAAGUUCAAGAAAAGAAGAAAUUUGAGUUUGUUGAACCGCUUCUGGCAUUUCUCCAAGGCCUCUUUAAUUUCUACCAUGAGGGCUAUGAGCUGGCCAAGGAGUUUCAACCAUACAAGGAGCAGCUCCAGUUCAAUCUGCAGAAUACAAGGAAUAAUUUUGAGAGCACUCGGCAGGAAGUGGAAAAGUUAAUGCAGCGCAUAAAGACAGCAGACCAGGAUUAUAAGCCACCUGGUCAGUGGACAAUGGAAGGCUACCUUCAUGUCCAGGAAAAGAGGCCCUUGGGAUUCACAUGGGUUAGGCAUUAUUGUACAUAUGACAAGGGGACCAAAACAUUUACAAUGAGUGGAUUUGAAACAAAGUCAGGUGGAAAAAUGAAUGGCCUCAUUAUGAGUCCACCGGAGAUGUUCAAAUUGAAGUCAUGCAUCAGAAGGAAGACGGACUCAAUUGAUAAACGAUUCUGCUUUGAUAUUGAAGUAGUGGAAAGACAUGGGAUCAUAACCUUGCAAGCCCUAUCAGAAUCUAAUAGAAAGCUUUGGCUUGAAGCUAUGGAUGGAAAGGAGCCGAUAUAUACUCUACCGGCCAUUCUUAGCAAAAAAGAAGAAAUGUUUCUGAAUGAACAAGGCUUUAACUUUGUGAAGAAAUGCAUCCAUUUGGUGGAGACCCGAGGAAUCAACACAUUGGGUCUCUACAGAAUAGGAGGUGUCAACUCGAAAGUACAGAAGUUAAUGAAUGUAGUUUUUGCACCCAAAUCACCUCCUGACAUGGAUCUUGAAGCUGACAUGUGGGAUAAUAAGACAAUCACCAGCGGCCUGAAAAACUACCUCAGAUGCCUCUCAGAGCCCCUGAUGACUUACAAGCUUCACAAAGACUUCAUACUUGCUGUCAAGUCAGAUGACCAGAAUUACAGAGUGCGGGCUGUACAUGCACUUGUGUACAGACUGCCUGAGAAGAACCGAGAGAUGCUGGACAUUCUAAUAAAACAUUUAGCCAUGGUAUCAACACACAGCCAGCAAAACCUGAUGACUGUUUCUAACCUUGGAGUGAUCUUUGGGCCAACUCUAAUGCGAUCCCAGGAAGAAACUGUGGCAGCUAUGAUGAACAUUAAAUUUCAAAAUAUUGUUGUGGAAAUACUAAUUGAAAACUAUGAAAAGAUCUUCCAUCAAGCACCAGACCCCAAUGUACCACUUCCACAACCUCAGUCACGAACCAGUUCCAGAAAAACUCGUGCAAUUUGUCUUUCCACUGGCUCCAGAAAGCCCAGAGGCCUUUAUAAACCCACACUUUGUCUAGCCGAUCCUGACAGUGACACAUUCAGCAGCAGUCCAGGAAGUACUCCUAUGGGAAGCAUUGAGUCUCUAUCCUCACAUUCAUCAGAGCAAAAUAGCUCAACAAAAACUAUCUCAUCCCAGCCAAAGGAAAAGGUGGUAAGUGGCAUUCCAUGGAUCACUUCGCAGAUUUCUGCCAAUGGACAAAAGAGCUCUGCAUGUACCACAAGCCCAGAUUCCAGCUCCAAGGAAGACGCCACUAAGACUGAUGGUGAUUCGGAUACACAAAGCUUGUCAUCAGUCACCACUGCUGGAAAAAGAUCACCUAAUUUGGAACUUCCCACAAAGACCCCUUACUCACUGAAACGAUCCGGAGCACCUUCACUGAAAUCUCUAAAUUUGGCAGAUGAAAACAGAAGUUGCAGUGGAUCCGUUCAGAGUCUUGCCUCUGUGGAACUGAAGGAUACACCGAAGAUGCCGCUGAAUCCAGAGCUGCCACCAAAACUUGCCAUAAGACGCAGGCUUGAAGCAUCAUCAAGUAACGGCUAUCAGAGGCCAGGAUCCGUUGUCGCAGCUAGAGCAAUGAUGUUUGAAAAUGCCAGUGUCACAAAACAAGGCUCUGAUGGAAGACAAGCAAGAGCAAUGUAUUCAUGUAAAGCAGAGCACAGCCAUGAACUGAGCUUCCCCCAGGGGGCAGUGUUUUCUAAUGUGUACCCCUCAGUAGAGCCUGGGUGGCUGCAAGCAACAUAUGAAGGCAAAACUGGGCUUAUUCCAGAAAACUAUGUGAUUUACCUCUAAAUUAUGAGGGACUGGCACAAUUUCUUCAUGGUAUCCAUGGUUACAAAAAAACUGUACAGCCGUUAUGUGGGAUUAUCUUUCCAUUGUAGGUGCUUGUGCCUGUAGCAUAUGUACAUUGUAGACGAGAAAUUAUAAUUGAAACUUCACGUGAAACAAAGAAUUCUCUACUGUAGAUUGUACAUAGAAAGUAAGAGGUCCUUCCUCAGAGAAGUCCUGUUAUGAAUAACAAGCUAAAUCUGAAUUCAGUAGGGUGCUAACUAUGCCACUUCUGCUUCAUGGUUUUGCUGUGCCCAAAAAAUAUACAAUCACUAAGACUAGUUUUAAACUGAGCGGCCUAGUCGCAUUUUUUGAAUCCCAUCAAAAAAUUUUAGACAUUUUUUAUAGACUUGAGGAUGCUGAAUCCAAAUCUGGUAACAAAACACAUCAAUCACAUCCUGUGUUUGAGAAAUUAAAGGUUUAAAAUGAAAGAACACUAUUUUAAGGGAAAACAAUAUUUUUAAAAAGAAUUCAUUAGGCUUUAUAAAGUAUAAAUUUUACAUAGAAUUGUUUUUAUUAUAAUUGCUACUUACAAAGAGUAGUCAGUUGGUAGUUUUUCCCUCGUAUAAUCUUCUGUUAAUGGUGUUAAUGGUGGAAUGACCAACAGACGUCUGCUAACAUACAGUAGACUUGCUCCACUUUCCACUGUAACAUCUCUUCACUUGAAUGACAUCCAGUUUGAACCUCUCCCCAUGUUCAUCAUAAACCAUUCUGUAUAUUAUCCCAAUGAAACUGUAGGAAAUGCAUCUUUAAAGGUAUCCUGCACCUGAGUGCUGGGUAGGUAGGAAGAGAGAAGCUCCUCACAAGUCCUUUGUGGUUUUUUACCUUCGUAUUUCCAAGAAAAUCAUGGCAUGUGCUUUUUUUUUUUUUUCAAAAGGAAAGCUGUGUGUACUUUUACAGUUUAAUUACCUGUUACUUUGUCCUGACAAUCGCUGGAUCAACUUGAUAUUUCUGUAAAAAAAACAUUUACACAACAAUUUUCUCUCUCUUUUGUACAAUUAAAAGGCAUCUAUCUAACUUUCUAAAUAUUCAUUCAUGGCUAUUUUAAAGGUAUAAGAAGAGGAAAAAAAAAUACUGACUGAGAGCAAAAAAUGUACAGGAAAUGUUUGAUUUUGAGUUGUUUCUACCUCAACUAACGUUAAAGAAUGAGGGAGACAUUUUUUAGAAAUUAAAUGUUUUGUUUUUUUUCAAAGAGAUUGUUUCUCACUUAAUCCAACAUCCAAUAUAUGGUAAAGAAACACGCGUUUCAGAAAUAGAUUCGGAACUAUCGAUCUAAUCUAUAAAGCACAUUGAUUUUUUUGCAUGUUCAGGAGGUUCAUGUUUCCAUAUCCACUUUAAAGUGUUAAUAUUUCGUGGCAGCUUUCAGUCGACAAAACACCUGCCUAGAAUUGCAUUGCUUCCUUGGGACAGAUAAAUAAACAGAUAAAUUCUAUUUUUCCUGAUGUCAUUGUGAUGUACAGUAGCUAGUUGACUCAAAAAGUGAAAGAAAUGUAUAAACAAUGUGUUCUUUUUAUUUAGAAAUGAUAAAGUUUUUGCUGCUUAUAUUUAUUGUUAUUAUAUUUUAAAACAUGAAUCAGAAAUGGCAGUUACGGUACAUAAAAGUGUUCAAUUAAGAGUCAGAUAAAAAUUGUAAUGCAACGUUAAUUAUCAGUAUUUAUAAAGCAAAUUUAUGUCUGCUUUGCGUCUGAAAAGUGGUUGUGAGUGCAAUUUUUAAUACUCCAGUGGUACGCUGUAUUUUGAAUGUUAUUUUCUGCAGAUGUGCAACAGUGCCUUACUAAUAAUAACAAGAUUAAAAUAAUAAGCAAACUGUGGAUUUACAUUCCAAAGAGUUUAUCAAUAACAGAAUAAAACAUCCUUUUAUAAUUGUUUUUAUUAUAUUAUUGUCAAUGUCCGGCUGCACUUCAAUUUUUGUGUUUUUUUGUUUUUUUUUUCGGGGAGCCCAGUCUCUAGCUGGCAAUGAGCCAAAGGUGUUCCACAAAACAGCUUAUUCCAAGUUUUUUUUUUUCAUUUCAGAUUUUCUAUCAUUACAAAUCACAUCUGCUUUAUUGAUGGUAAAAAAUAACUUCUUUAACUUCUUUUUCCAAACAAUAAUAAAAACAAGUCGUGGAAUGCUUUGCAGUGAAUUGAAAUACUGUACAAGGCUGUCUGUGCCUUGAAGUAACCGAAUUGAUGCUUGAGACUGCCAACUUUAAUAUAAUGUGUAAAAAUAUUCAUAUUUGAGAAAGAUGGCACUUUUUAUUUAUCUACUCCCACGUCAAUUUACAUUCAUGGUACACUGGUGUACUGUAAUUAUUUGUUUGUAAUUAAUUACGUUAGAUCUUAGACUAUCAAUGUUAAGAUAUACUUUGAAAAAGUGAAGUGUUGUAUUUAACUUCUUUAUUGUAAUACCACUGUAUUUUAAGUACUUGCUGUUU